GCUGAAAGUUUUCAUUCACAAGUCCUUUCCUCUUUCAAAAUGAUCACAGCUCAACCAAACACCAAAACCCCAAUUCUAAUUUCUAUUUCUCUUUUUGCUCUUCUUUUCCUCAGUCAUCACUCCUCUUCCCAGAAGCACUGCCCAAACUGUGGCAGCAUGCAAGUUCCUUAUCCUCUAAGCACAAAUCCCAACUGUGGCAAUCCUGAUUAUUCUCUCCACUGCGAUCCCCACUCUCACAAACUCUACUUUGAUGGCCUCAAUGGAAGUUCUUACCUUGUCCUUAGAAUCACAGCUUCUUUCCAACGAAUGGUAAUACAACCAGCACCAUGGCUGCCUGGUACUGCUUGUGUCACCCAAGACAUGCCAACGAGCGAGGGCUUUUGGUUAAAUCAGUCACUCCCAUUUAAUGUUACCUCAUCCAACACAAUCUUCCUCUUCAACUGCUCACCCCGCCUCAUUGUGUCUCCUCUCAAUUGCACGGGCUCUAGUCUUUGCAACCAAUACCUGCAGAGCUCAGGCAACGUAGAUGGACAGCGUGCAGCUCAGUGUGCAAGUGCCGUAAACCCUUGUUGCACAUUUGUUGCAGGUGGUAUGCCUUCGGCGUACAAGAUUCGGCUUCGCAGUUCAGGCUGCAGGGCAUUCAGAAGCAUCCUUAAUUUGGAUACACAAAAACCAGCGAAUCAGUGGGAAGAAGGUUUGGAAAUCCAAUGGGCUCCUCCGCCUGAACCUGUGUGCAAAACUCAGCUUGAUUGCAAUGGAGCUUCUAAGUGUUCCCCUGCUGCCAGCGACAACGGCCUCUUUCGUUGCCUCUGUAACAGAGGCUACUACUGGGACCAUCACUUCGGAACUUGCACGAAAGAGAAGCAAAACUCUAAAACUGGCCUUAGAUUCAAGAUCUCAAUUGGGGUUGUCUCUUUUUUCUCUCUUGCCGUAGCAAUGGCCGUGAUUACAGUGAGGAAACACAAGAAGAUCUCGAAUCAAGCAAAGCUCGCCAAGGCAAGAGAGGAAAUGCUAAAAUCGAGCAAUGGUGGGAAACCCGCGAGGAUGUUUAGCCUAAAAGAGGUACAGAAAGCAACCAAUGGGUUUUCCAAAGACAGAAUUUUGGGCAGUGGCGCGUUUGGAGAAGUUUACAAAGGUGUGCUUCAAGAUGCCACAAUGGUUGCAGUGAAGUCUGCUAAGGUGGGCAGCAUAAAGAGCACACAGCAAGUGCUCAAUGAAGUUGGGAUACUUUCUCAAGUCAAUCACAAGAACUUGGUUAGACUGUUAGGCUGUUGUGUGGAAGCAGAGCAGCCAUUGCUGAUCUCUGAAUACAUUUCGAAUGGGACACUCCAUGAUCGCUUACACAGCAAGCUCUCUACCUUUCUGGAUUGGAAGAAACGGCUGAAGAUUGCUUUACAGACCUCAGAAGCAUUGGCUUAUCUGCACUCUGCAGCUUACACUCCCGUAUACCACAGAGAUGUCAAGUCCACUAACAUAUUGCUCGAUAACGACUUCAACGCAAAAGUAGCCGAUUUCGGGCUAUCUCGACUGGCUCAACCGGGGCUGAGUCAUGUGUCAACAUGUGCUCAGGGGACAGUGGGAUACUUGGAUCCCGAGUACUAUCGAAACUACCAGUUGACAGACAAGAGCGAUGUUUACAGCUAUGGGGUCGUGUUGCUUGAACUUGUGACUUCCCAGAAGGCAAUCGACUUUUCGCGAGCUGAAGAUGAUGUUAACCUGGCCAUUUAUGUCAGCCAACGACUCGCAAAUGGCGGCGCUGUCAUGGAAGUUGUGGAUGGGUGUUUGCUGGAUGAGGAGGAACCUAAUUCUGGUGAGACAGCGUACUCCAUAGCGCUUGUGUUGGAGCUUGCACUUUUGUGCCUAAGGGAGAAGAAGGGGGAUCGGCCCAGCAUGAAGGAUGUGGUUCAGCAGCUCCAGCAUAUCAAUGAAAUUAUAAAUCAGAAAGAGGCUUUGAAUGUGCUUUGAGUCUUAUAGGCAUCGUCUGCAACUACUUUCCAAAGUAGUGCUGAAUUUGAUAAGUGAUGUUUGAUUGUCUUAAAAUAAAUGGUAUUUGGCUCCUUAUUAUUUUUAAA